GCCACCACUCGCCGCCAACUCCGGUUUCAAGGAUGUCGGGGCGCAAGGAGACGGUGCUGGACCUGGCAAAGUUCGUCGACAAGGGCGUCCAGGUCAAGCUCACCGGCGGCAGGCAAGUUACAGGGACUUUGAAGGGAUAUGACCAGCUUCUCAACUUGGUGCUUGAUGAAGCAGUUGAAUUUGAAAGAGAGCAAGACGAUCCAUUGAAACUAUCGGGGAAAACCAGACAGCUUGGUCUGAUUGUCUGCAGGGGUACAGCUGUAAUGCUUGUUUCGCCAACUGACGGAACAGAUGAGAUUGCCAACCCUUUCCAAGCUGAUGGGGCAUAAACCUGGAUUUGCAGAUGAUUCUCAUGGUCAGGAUCAAAUGCCCUCUAAACAUGACCUUACUGGUCUUCCGGUAGAGAGGCCUUGUGUUAACUCAUGUAAUUUCAGUCUCAUGUGACUUACGGCCCGUACUAGGUGGUAAUCGAUUACGCUGAACCACCCCAACUAAUAUCCCUGUUUUAUGUCA